CAAUCGUUGCGAUCACCACGUAAUCGAACAUCACGGAACGUGGUGUCGUGUCACGUUAGUAUUCCAACCUCAAAAGAGGAGAUUCCCGCAUUUAAAGAUUCGCUUGGGAGUGAGUGACGUGACUGAAAGACUUCCUCGCGCGCCAGAGGAUGGAUAGGAUGAACAAUAAUCACGCGUUGCGUCUGUUUGCGUGCUUCCUGCUAGCCGUUUACACGUCGAGCUACGUAGUCGAGUCGGGCGUGUUGCAGAUACGCGGCAUACCGGUGUCGAAGAACUCGCUGUAUCCGCCGGACCGCGAUUUCGAAUGCUUCGACGGCAGUCGGUUGAUACCGUUCACGAAGGUGAACGAUGACUACUGCGACUGUUGGGACGGCAGCGAUGAGCCCGGCACGGCGGCGUGUGUGAACGGUAAAUUCUACUGCGAGAACGCCGGUCACAAGCCAGCUUACAUACCGUCGUCAUGGGUAAACGAUGGUGUGUGCGACUGCUGCGACACGAGCGACGAGUACGCGUCCAAGGUGGACUGUGUGAACAAUUGCAGCGAGUUGGGCAGGGAGGCACGCUUGGAGCAGCAGAAGGCGGAGCAACUGGUGCGCGAAGGUAACAAGCUGCGCCUUGAACUGGUGACAAAGGGCAAAUCCAUCAAGGCAGAGCAUCAGACGCGUUUGACGAAGUUGAGGACCGAUUACGAAGAGGCGCAAUUAACGAAGAAAGAGAAGGAGUUACUGAAGACGCGGGUGGAGGAACGGGAGAGUUUGGCGUUGGAAAAGUACAAGCCCAUUGAACCGGAGCAACCGCCGGCGCAAGAGGCUGGCGAGGAGGAGGAAGAAUUGACCGAGGCUGAGGAUUACUUCAAGAUACUGGAUUCAGACGCCAGUGGCACGAUAACAAUAGAGGAGUUACAGACCAGGGCCACGUUUGAUAAAAACAGGGAUGGAGCUGUGUCGGAGGAAGAAGCAUCUUACUUCCUCGGCGAGAAGAAGGAAGUCACUCUGCAAGAAUUCACGAAUACUGCAUGGGCAAAUAUAAAGCCCUUCUUGAUGCUGGAACAAGGUAUGUUCAAAGCGGCAACGGAUAAAGAAGACGUCGACGAAGAGCAUCACGAAGAUGAAUACCUUCCUUCGGAUUCCGAGAAGGAAGAAACUGACGGCGAAGCUAACGAUGGGGAGGAAGAAGGUGUCGCGGAAGAGGAACCACAAGAGCCGGAAGUUCAAUACGACGAGGAGACGCAAGCGCUUAUCGACGAGGCUAACAAUGCUCGCGAGCGCUUUCAGGAGGCCGAAAAGGCCGUUAGAGAUUUGCAUUCGGAAAUCGGUCAGCUCGAGGAGAAGGUGGAACGCGAUUACGGGCUGGAGGAGGAGUUUGCGUCAUUGGACGGCGAAUGCUACGAAUACGCGGACUUGGAGUACAUAUACAAGCUGUGUCCGUACGACAAGGCGAGCCAAAGGUCCAAGUCCGGUGGCAGCGACGUCACUCUGGGUCGCUGGAGCGGCUGGGUGGAACCCAAGGAACACUCGGCCGGCGCCAAAUACAGUAAGAUGAACUACGACCAAGGUCAGAGCUGCUGGAACGGCCCGAUGCGUUCGACGCUCGUCACUCUGUCGUGCGGAUUGGAGAACAAGCUCAUAUCGGUGACGGAGCCGAAUCGCUGCGAGUACGCCAUGGAGUUUUCUACGCCGGCACUCUGCAACCCCAAUAUAAUAGCGACGACCGACACACACGACGAAUUGUAAAUUUACCCUUUGUUAGUAAAAUGAAGAGCAAAUGAUGGUCAGUCGCGCCAUGCAAUGUGAAUGUCAAGCACUUGCGCUCUUUCGUGGGCAACGAGAUGAGAAUCGAGUUGUAAGGAUUUAUAACGACGUUUGAUCAAUCUUCUACGAACAUUUCUGAUGCACUUCGCGAUCAGUAACGUUAGCUCUAACGCAGUAACACAAUAUUCUUUGUUUUAAUGGAUAUUUGUUCUGGGAGCGAGUAAUUUUCUCUUUUUUUUUUUUUCUUUUGUUUGUAAUGCGGUCGUUAUUGUACAUAUCUGAAUGAGUUUUAUAUAAGUUUCACGGCGCUAGGUGGUACGUAGCAUUUUAAUAUCGAUAUAUUUUAUAAUAUUUCAAGCAUAAAAUAAGAAUGUUGUUAUAUGGAUAAACCAUUGCCAAGAUAGAGCCUAGAUUUAUAUGUCAAGUGAUCGAAAAACUUUUUUUUUUUAUACAUUAUGCCAUAUACCGAUGGACUACUAUAAAUUUUCCUGGUCUGUUCAACGAAUGUUAAUGAAAAAGAAACAAAGAAAUGAUGAAAGAAAUUAUUUUUUUUUAAAUCAAUUUAUACGACACACGGCAGACCAUUCAAACGGCAUACUUAAAUAAUUUGAAACGAAGAAAUGUAUAACAGUUAAAGAUAUUUAAGUGUCCUCGCUUGAAUGUGCGCCGCUGUGUGCGUACAAACAUAGUCACGAUCGCGCUCGAUUAUUUGUCCUUGCAGUCCGAGAAGUUGACUUAGUGUUAAAGUAAGCUCGUUUAGUGAUAACCGAAGAAUAACCAUCCUCGAACCCUAUCGUUCCGUGGAAUCGAGAAAUUAAGAGCACUGUUGAGCGCAAAGUCAUUGCCAAUCGUGUUAAAACUCGCUGUUACAUUCCUCUUUUUGUACACGAGGCAUUUCUAUAGUGUAACGUAUGUACGAAUAAAAAUCGAGAUAUAUUACCGAUUGAUAUCGCAAGUCUGAAACAUACUUUAUAUCGAUAGUGUGUAACUGGAUAAGAGACGAUAAGAAAAGAGAAAAAAAAACAGAGUUCCCGGGAUUCGAUUAGUCACAAAUACGUACAGAUGUGUCUCUUAAUGUUCAGCAUUGUAUACAUUUAAGUCGAAUAUUUUGUAAUUUUUUAAGGAUGCGCCACGGGACGGCGCGGUAUCACGAGGUGUGAAAGUAAUAAAGAGAGAAAGAGAAUUUCUGUUGUUGAACCGUAAUUUGCGAUGGCAGCUUUAUUUACAUCAAUGGAAAGAAAUCUAUUCUGUGGAAUUGUGUACGUGUGUAUGUAUGUAUGUGUGUGUAUAUAUAUAUGUGUGCGUGUAUAGAAGUUCUCUCGUUAUUAUGUAUAUUAUUACAUAAUAUUACAGUGACAUGGUGGUUAAAAUCCAGUUUUCUCUAUUUCACUCUCUAAGAGACGAUCUUUUAACAUUUUUUUUUUUUCGUAAUCUGGAACGCACAUUUAUCAUCUAAAUAAUCUAAAGGGGAUGAUAUAACAUUCCUCUGUCUUCUUUAAUCGAUGAUACUUCAAUUCAGUUCCUCGAUUAAUUCAGUAAGGCACUUGAAAGGCUACAAAAAUCCUUUUUUUUUUUCCCCUCAUGAAAUUCGACGAGUGCAAGAUAUGCUGUGUACAUAGUUCCCUAUGCUUUUUCAAAAACGAAGUUUCACGAUAAGCACAUGUUUCAAUUCAAUUAUCCGCAAUACCGCAUUUUCCGUAUAUCAUUUUUCUCUCAACAAUCUCUUACAGGGAUUUCAAUUAAGUUCAAGCUAGGUAUAUAUUAAUAUCACUUUUUCGACGAAGAACUGUGUGGGCCCAUUUUCGCAUAAUUCGGUUACAUAUACUACGUGUAGGCAAUCUGUAGGCAAGUUUUGUUGGUGGGGAGUAAUACACCUUUGUAUAGAAUAAAACAGAGUUUGCGAGCAUCGAAAAUACAGUUGCUCGCAUAACGCUUCUUAGAUUUUUAGCCGUAUAGCUUUUAUACCCCUCUUUCUGUCUCUUCUACAUUUAUCAACGUUAAUACUAUAGUGAUACAUAUAUUUAUAUAUAUAUAUAUAUUUUUCUUCAGGAUUUAAAGUGAUAACUCAUAGAUAUUUUUUUUCGUAUUUACACGAUACGGGAUAAUACACGAUAUUUAUAAAUGCGUCACGUCGAGGAUCACAUCUCUGCUAAAUUACUGUACAACUAUCUGCAGGCUAAAGCUCUCUGUACGAGAAUGUACACGCAUUCGCGAAUGCGUUCCACUGUGAUGAGCAUCGUGAUCAGGUGUAAUCUCAACAAAGUGUCACGUUUCAAUCGUGUAGGAAAACACGAACGGGCGAGAGUUGAAAAAUGUCGCCGCGAAUGAUUUCUCUCCUCGAUGACGAGUGAUUGUUUCUUCAAUAAAUGUAUCGGCGACAAAAUAGAGUCGGGUGCUAGCAACAUGAAACUGAAUGUUGAUUUUUGCAAAUACCAAGACGUUGUAUACGAUUACAUAUCGAUAAUAACAUGCACAUAAAUGAUAAGAAAUAAUCCAAGUACCAAAUGUUUCUCUUAUGAUACUUCAAAAAUUUAUCCAAUACGAGAGAAAUAUUUAAAAUAACGUUUCGAUUCAUUACUUUUCGCAUGAUUGCUCAUCAAAUCUAUUUUUCUAUUUCGAAUUCUCUGAUAAAUCGAAAUCUUCUACAAGAAAUAAUUAUCUGCAACCUAAUCUUUAUUUUCGUUCGCUUUUACUAUGUUCCGUGAUCCAAGUGGUUGCACGCAAAAACGUUAUAGGAGACGUGUACUCUACAACAAUAUGUAUACAUUUACCAAGCGCUAAACGAGAUCGUUUAUCUCUUCUCAUGUUUCCCGUGUCUUCGUCUUUUUUUUUUCCUUUACGCUUCGACCGCCAUUGAAACGUCCCUCUAAUCGGACAAAGAAUUGCAAAAAGAACGAUUCCACAUUGCUCUUUCGAAGCG